AUGAAGGUUCUGUUGCUGAAGGAUCCCAAAGACAAAGAAUCGGGACCAGAUCCCUAUAUUAAAGAAUUAGGAUUAUAUGGAUUUGAAGCCACUUUGAUUCCAGUUUUGUCAUUUGAAUUCACAUCUCUUGAAAGCUUAUUUGAAAAGCUCUCUCAUCCAGAAUGUUAUGGAGGCCUUGUUUUUACCAGUCCAAGAGCACUAGAAGCCAUCAAGAUAUGUUUAAAAGAGAAUAGUAAAAAUGAAGCCUGGACAAAAUCUCUUAAACAAAGAUGGAAAAGCAAACCAGCAUACGUGGUGGGAAAAGCUACGGCUUCUCUAGUGGAAGAAAUCGGCCUUACUCCACAAGGAGAAAAGUCUGGAAACGCUGAAAAAUUAGCAGAAUAUAUUUGCUCAA